GAACUACGCCUAUAUGUAUCAGUGAAAGUAAACAAACAAAUUGAAGAAAGAAAAAUGUGGAACAAGGUCGCAGAAGGGAGUAUGGAGAUUUCCAUGGAGGAAAAAAGUUCAAGAAAAACGAAAAAGAAGAGUUCAGAAAUUCCGAAGAAGAUGAAGAAGACUCUAAAGAAUCUAUGGAAUGUGGGAAAAGAAGAUACGAGAAGGGUGAAACAUGCUUUGAAAGUAGGAGUUUCCUUAACAUUGGUGUCGUUGUUGUAUCUCAUGGAACCUUUCUUCAAAGGUAUCGGAAAAAAUGCAAUUUGGGCAGUCAUGACCGUCGUUGUCGUUCUCGAAUUCUCUGCCGGAGCAACAUUACGCAAGGGAUUAAAUAGAGGAUUAGGGACACUAAUAGCAGGAUCUUUGGCAUAUUUCAUGGAGUUUGUUGCUAUUCAUUCCGGUAAAAUUUUCGGAGGUAUCUUCAUUGGCGCUGCUGUUUUCAUCAUCGGAACGACGGUAACGUACAUGAGAUUUAUACCGUACAUAAAGAAAAACUACGAUUACGGAAUGCUUGUAUUUCUUUUGACGUUUAAUCUAAUCACAGUGUCGAGUUACAGAGUUGAUACUGUGAUUAAGAUCGCACACCAGAGAUUUCUUACCAUUGGUAUGGGUAUUGGCAUUUGCCUCUUCAUGAGCCUUUUGAUUUUUCCGAUAUGGUCUGGUGAUGACCUUCACAAGUCCACCGUUACUAAGCUCAAAGGUCUCUCUCGCUCUAUUGAAGCAUGUGUGAGUAAAUAUUUUGAGGAGGAGAAAGAGAAAGAAAAUUCAGAUUCUGAGUCUGAUGAUGAAGACGACGUAAUCUACAAAGGGUAUAAGGCUGUUUUGGAUUCUAAAUCCUCAGAUGAAGCACUCACUCCAAGGUCUAUUCGUAUACUCUUCAAAGAUCCUUGUGUUAGAUUAGCCGGAGAGAUCUGCAAAGUUUUAUCGGAACUCUCCGAAAGUAUUCGAGACCGACGUCGCUGCUCGCCGGAGAUUCUCUCCGACAAUCUCGAAGUGGCGUUAAAAGAUCUCAACACCGCGAUAAACUCACAACCUAAGCUCUUCUUGGGAUCUAACCUUCACAGUGACAUCACCAACAAGCACUUAAACGAAAACGUUUCAUAUUACAAUGAUCAAAACUCAAACGCCAUCGUUUCGUAUCACAACGACAGUAAUAAUUUAAACGGCAACGUUUUGGGUCAAACUACGCAACCGAACGUCGCCGUAUCAAAUCCCCACUUAAACAGUGCCGUUUCGCUCUCUAGCUUCAUGAGAAACAUGUCACAUCGGAGAUCGGUGAAGAAACCGGCGGCGAUCGGGGAGAAGAGGAGACUGAGGAAACAAUUGAGCAAAAUCGCGGUUAUGAAGAGUCUGGAGUUUUCGGAAGCGUUACCGUUUGCUGCGUUUGCGUCGCUUCUUGUGGAGAUGGUGGCGAGGCUUGACACUGUGAUUGAUGAGGUGGAGGAGCUGGGAACGAUCGCCUGUUUCAAGGAGUACGAUACGACUGUUGAUCCGACGGAUGUGGAAGUGCGAAUUGAGAAGCCGGUAGAACUAAUACUCGGAGACUGAACUGAUCGGUACAAUUCGACUUGGUUUGGUUUGGUACAGUUUUCAAUGUGAUUUGAUUCUGUUUUGUAAAACAAAUUGAUUGCGUCAUUUUUAAAAAUUUCGGAAAUUUUGUAAAACGAGUUGGUAAUUUUUGAGGAUUCGAAAUGAAGAUCUGUUUGCAGUUUA